AUGUUUCUUGUCAUUCCUGAAAAACACAUUUUGAGAAUGUUCAAGACCAAUAUUAGUGGAUGGCAGAAAAAUGCUUUUGCCAUCACAGCCAUUAAGGGUGUAGGUGGAAGAUAUUCUCAUGUAGCACUGAGGAAAGCAGACAUCAACCUUCCCAAGAGAUCUGGGGAGCUCACUGAGGAUGAGAUGGAGCGCGUGAUUACCGUCUUGCAGAAUCCUCAGCAAUACAAGAUUCCAGACUGGUUCCUCCACAGACAGAAGGAUGUAAAGGAUCGAAAAUACAGCUGGGUUCUGGCCAAUGGUCUGGACAAGAAGCUGUGUGAGGAUCUGGAGCGGCUGAAGAAGAUUUGGGCACAUCAUGGGCUUCCACACUUCUGGGGUCUCGGGGUCCAAAGCCAGCAUACAAGACUACAGGCUGCAGAAGUCACAUUGUGGGUAUGUCCAAGAAGUAAACAUAUUCACUAGCCUUGUCUACUAACAAAUCGUUUAUAUUUAAAAAGUUUAAAAGUGCUCUGUACCCAAUAAAUGAUUAAUGAAUAUGUGUUGAAACUGAAGUUGGCUGAAAGAUUAUCUCUCAGAUCUGCUUUAAAUAUAUGAUGUCAACAUUCUUCAUUCACAUUCUCUCUGAGCUUUCAAAUUAAGUAUGAAAAUAUUGCUUUGCACUGAGAUUUCAACCAAAAAAGGUCCAUUUUUUUCCACAGUAGAAAAUACAUAGUUAUUGAAAUAAAACCCAGUGAAAUAAAACAUGACAAAGUUCUUAGACUGCCUAUUUAUACUUCCCCCAGUUGUACCUAUAAUACUGUUUGGCUUUACAUAAGUCUCAAUCUAUAAAAAUAUGUACUAUUUCAUGGAAGGCUGCUAUAGCAGAAGGAAAUAUGAAGUGUAUUUUAUUCCUGAAUAUCAGAAAUGUUUUUUGGAGGAAAAGUGGAAUAUAGUAAAUCAAGGGGAAAAAAAGGUGUAUC